GCUGAAUGGUCGUUGUUGUGUACGGCCCCUUCACCUUGGGCGGAGUUGGAGUUUGACAACAUCAUCCUCACCGUACCCUCUGAUGUCGUCAGGCGUCUCGAUCAUCCCKAUAAGUUGGCGGUCCUCUGGAAUGACAUCAUGAAGGCCAUCGCUGACCUGGCUGCCAAAUCCCACAAAUUUCCACGGAAAGAGCGUUUUGUAGCAGACGUUCAAAUUUCUCACGGUUUUAUGCAUGCAGGUUAUCCUAUAAUGGCACACAGGGGUUCUGCAACUGGGUUGGUGGAUGUUAACCAUGUGAAGACCAAAGGCAUUUGGGGUGCCAUCCAUGAGCUCGGACACAACCAACAGCGAGGCUGCUGGGAGUUCCCUCCACACACCACAGAGUGCACAUGCAACCUGUGGUCAGUGUACGUGCAUGAAGUGGUGUUUGGGAUCAAACGGGACAAGGCUCAUGGAGCAAUAACUUCUGCAAAAAGAAAUAGCCGACUCCAGGAUUACAUCAAAGGAGGCAAAAAGCUCAGCAGCUGGAGCAUGUGGAUGGCCCUGGAGACAUACUUGCAGCUCCAGGAGAAGUUUGGCUGGGAUGCCUUUAAGAMAGUGUUUGCUGCCUACCACAAGAUGAACAACUUUCCCAAAGACAACAAAGGGAAGAUGAACCUGUAUGCAGAGACGUUCUCCCAGACUGUGAGCAUGAACCUGACUGGAUUCUUCAAAGCCUGGGGAUGGCCUAUCGAACAGGCCACUGAGGAGAAACUAUCCAGCCUGCCUGCUUGGACUGAU